AUGAACUACUGCCCUGGCCGAGCCACCCAAUUCGCAUAUCCAACUCAACGCCAAGUCAGCGGAAAUCCCCAUGAGCUACAAUACUUACAAGUUGGUCCACAGACUGGUUCACUCCAAAACUUCACCGCCUUCGAAUGUGAUACUGAGCUGCGAUGUUCCGACCAUGGCUGCAACGGGCGAACGUUUUCCAGCUGGCACAAUUACCAACGUCAUGUCCAAGAGAAGCGCGGCGCAUUUAUUACAGAGUGCCCGUUCUGUGGGUUGGUUUUCAGUCGAAAGAGUAAUCGGGACUCCCACAUCUCUUAUCGCAGGUGCAAGGGACUCAAAGCGCUGAGUCAGGAGGAUGGGUAUUUGCUGGGUGAUGUUCAUGGUCUCGGGGUUCCUGGUGAGCGUAAUGGCUGA